AUGCACUUUCCCUCCCUUCUAACCACGACUCUCCUCCUCUCCCUCUCCACUCUCGGCCUCGUGACCGCGCAAGCAUUUGAGAAACCCCAUGGAAUCGAUUCGGGCAACACCGCGUGCACGGGCGCCUGUGUCGCUGAUCCGAAGCUGCUCGCCUGUCCGCGAAUUCAGUACCGUCCCCAAUACGGCUGCUAUAUGUGCUGCAUCUCCGACGACGAUCUGGACCGGUUGGACGAGGGAUUUGCCUCGCUGGAUGAUGACGAGAAGUUGGGGCGUGAUCAGACUGGUGAUGAUUACUGA